AUGGCUCCUAAACGCUCGAAGACUACUAAGUCGGCGAGUUCGGUGAGGCUAUAUUCUUCUCUCACAUUGACGCUGAGAGGUCCCUACAGAACUCCACUCUUGGGUCCUCAUUAUCAUCAAGCUAAGCCCAAAAAUUUGCUGGCUUUGGACACUCGUUUGGUUCGAGCUCCAUUUUCCUAUGGUUUGGAGGACAUCGACUGGGGGUCGUGGGAUGCGAACUUGGAGCAAUUGGGUUCGAACCCUGACGUGACUCUUCCUGAGGGUUUCCUUCCUUGGGCUGAUUGGGUAGAUGCGAUGCUGCCCUUGUUUAGAGACAAAUGGAUGCUGAAAGGUAUCUUUCAUGCCAUCAUGCUAUCAAAACACCAAGUUGUUCUGAACCCUUCAUUGAUAGGCGCUGCUUUAUGUUUUUGGGAUAGCACUUCGAAUUCUUUUGCUUUUGGUCUCAAGCCCAUGACUCCCACCAUUCUGCAUAUGACGGCCCUUUUUGGCCUCAAGCCCCAUGGUCUUAGUAUCGACGUCUUAGUGGAUUAUGAGAUGAAGAAUCGGAAGAUUGGGGUUCCGAUGAGGGCUAGCGCAUCCAAAAUUAUGCGACUGAAGACCUACUCUGGCCUUGUGAUGACGUACCAAGAGGGUGUGAAGACCGAAUACUUGCAUUUGGCUGAAGCUCUUCACAAUGAGUCAAAUCUUGUGACGGCCCCUUUCAUCGCAGGAUCGGAGUCUUUAGAAGAUGAUGCUUCGGCUAUUGCUCUGGUUACUAGACCGAGAAGGCCAGUCAGCACCGAGGAGUGCUUUAUUUUCUUUAGGGAAUGCAUGCAACGUCCCAGAAUGAUCUGGCUUCGCUCUCUACUUAGUGAUACGUUCUGGUUCGCAGAAAGAGGUCUUUACAAGGCUCCUCGACACUGGAGGGAUUUGAUUGAUUUUCGAUCCCAAUUACGUGCUGAUAUAAGUGUCGCCUGUCUGGCCAGCAGAGAUCUUUUCUUCGAAGGGGUUCACACUGAAAAGACAUCUCGGAGUGAUGUUCAUGCUACUGACGAAACUCAAGCCCUGCCCCCUAUUUCUCCCGUACCUCCUCCUACUUCUGGUUUGUAUCUUAGGUCCAAAGAAAAAGGAAAAGCUCCUUUGGAAGAGCAUGAUGAAGAAGAUAGUGAUGAUGACGAAGAUGAAAUGCCGCUUCAAAGGAAACAAAGAGCUUUAGAUUUCGAUUCGGCCCCUGGAGAUGUUGGAAGUAAGAGGGCAAGAGUAGAAUCUUUUCCCGAUACUGAGGAAGCGUCUUUAGUGGGCCUAGAAGAUGUGCCUCAGCGACUGGGUAAGGAAAAGGUUUCUGGCCUUUUUGUUGUUAAAGAGUCCAAAAUGGUGACGCUGAAGGUGAGGACCAUUAAGCUCGAGGAAGGGGUUGAUCUUCCACCUUAUGAGCCAUAUUCGGGCCGAGAUGUUGCUGCUGAAGGAAUACUUUCGAGGAGAGGCCCUAUUUUCCAGAGUUCAAGCAUGCCAAGGACUCAUGGGCCCAGAUUUGAGCGCGUUGUCAAUCUUACCAGCGCAAUGGGCAAACGUAUUGUCAUGGAACAGAAGCAGCCAGAUGUGGUACUUGCUAAUGCAGUGAAUAACCUCAGUUCUCUUUGGAAUACAAUCCGGGCCCCCAAUUUUGAUCCGGUGGUGGAUCCUGACACCUUAUCGGGAAUGAUGCCUUAG